CUUCCUCUACUUUCUCACCCCCACUAGGCUAGGAUAACUAACACUAGUCCGUGAACUAGUCAAUCAAUUCAUCCAAACCCUCAGCCUCACUCUGAAAGAUUUAAUACCCUCGUUCCUCUCCUCCACGCCGUCUCGUGCGCAGUAAUUAUUACCUCCCUUUUUGACGCAUGGCGACAUGGUCGCCGGUGACUAUGGCCGCUUAAUUGCAUGUUCCCCGCUGCCCUAGCUGCUGCAUUGGCCUUCAUUUUGAGCACUCAAUCCGCGUGCCACUACGAUCACCCAACAGGUUAAUAUACUGUCCUACGGGUGAAGGAAGCACCUAGCGCGCCGAACCGGCUGGUCAGCAGCAUAAUACUGGUUGUGACAUCCGAUACACUUAAAGGCUCCUUUCAAUAAAUGUGAUGGGCUCUGUCCGAUCAAACGGUGGAAAUGCCUCCAAGCAAAGGCGCCCCGGCGCGCAAAAAGGACGCCAUUCAUUUCGUCAAUGCUCGGCCGUCCUCGGAGAGAGAACGGUUAAAGAUACAGCGCCUGGUUAGGGCCCAUGUAGGCAAAUGGAUCUCCGACCAAACCAAGGAUCGCUCGAUAGAAUCAGAGCCCUCAGAAAGAAGAACAAACACGGUCCAGGAUGCUCCUCGUGAUAACGCGUCACGCGCCGUUGAUCCUGAUGGGGAUGAGAGGAUGCUGGACUUUUACCCCCCUUCACUGUCCUCUCAAUCCGCCGAUUCGUCUUGUUCGCCUGAAUCGGCUUUAUCCAACAAUAGUUUGACGGCCAGACAAACCGCCCCUUCCAGUGCCUGGGAGGCACAGCCAACGAUGUCUCUUGUCCCCGCUUCCCAGGUAUACCUUGACAACACGAAUAGUCAGUAUGAAAACGACUACGAAUAUGACUAUGGUCAUGACUCCGAAGGAUCAAGCGUUGAAAGUUCCAGUCCUCCUGGCCCCCCAGACCACAUCGAGACCAUAGGUGCCCACUUCAUCGAUCCUUUCCAGACCUACCCGUGGCGUCAUUCCCCAGAAAUUGCCAACGCAUGCCAGGCAUACUGCACGUCCGUCCUUUGGCCGACUCUUACCCCCGGCUCCAGUAGAUCGGAAGUCUCAGCCUUAAAUUGGUUUCCCCUGAUGAUGUCCGAACCGACCUUGAUGACGGCCAUCACGUUCGGCUCACUGUCGCACCAACGGGUGCAGUGGCUGAACCGUUGGAUCCCAGACGGCGCGUUUCGGGAGCGAGAGCAGCAGCUUCUGAGAGUCUGCGAGAUGGAGACAAUCGAGCUGAUCAACCAGGAAAUGAAAAAGCCUGGCCGGGCGAUUAGCAAUGCGGUCAUUCUGAGUGUGAUGUGCAUGGCCCAUAAUGCCACUGAUAUUAGUGAAGAACGACAGUUUCGACACAUUCCAUUCACCGCACCCAUGCGUCGGCUGCAAUGGAUCGACGUCUAUGGUAGCCUGCGGCCAAACUUGGUCCAUGUCCAAGGUUUGAUCUCGAUGAUUAACCUACGGGGUGGCCUUGAAGCCAUCGAUCUUCCUGGCCUGGCUCCAGUAGUGUCUCUGUCGGAUAUUGUAACUUCAAGUGCAUAUCAUACACCUCCAGUAUUUCCUUUCUUCCCUCUUCGGGGGGACCGGAAAAACAUUCCCUUACAAGAGAUGCUUGGGUAUACCAUGGCCGAAGUUGAGCGCCAUUACGGCCGACUACGACAGAUCGGCUUCACUGAAAAAUUGAUGGAGGUGUUCCACGCUAUGGACGUAUACAUGGCUCUAGUCGAUACUUACCUCAGGGGAACAUACAUCAAACCGGAUUACUCCUUGCUCGCCGACCAGCGCAAUUUAGUCCAAUACACUCUGUUAUCUCUACCCGCUGCCAGUCAACUGAGUGGUUUCACUGGCUAUCAUCAACACCACGAAAUCAUAUAUGAGGCCUGUCGCCUCGCAGGUUGUAUCUACGGCGCUGGUGUGGUCUUUCCUCUACCCCCUCAAAGCACCCCGCUGGCUAAACUUUCUGGCCUUCUCAGGGGUGUCCUUGAGGUUCCCGACUGUUUGGCUGUCUGGGAGCACCCGCAAGCUCGCGUGACCCUCCUCUGGGUCUUGACGCUAGGUGGCAUCGCGGCGGAAGGCACCGUGGACCGAGAGUGGUAUGUGUCGAUACUCACAAAAGUCGCACGGUACAGCCACAUCACCUGCUGGGCCGACCUCCGAGCAAUCGUCGUGCUGCUACCUUGGUACGAUGCUGCAUGUGACGACGCGGGAAAUAGCCUCUGGCUUGAGAUGGAAAGAUUAUCCGCUCGUCCGUCAAAUUCAGAUUGAUCAUGUCAGAUACCCUAUACUACCGGUUUGGGCAAAUAGUGCAUUUAGAUCUGGGACAUUGGCUGUGUUUGCUUUUUGUUGGUGUACUAUACAUUCCCUCCCCACCCUUUUCCCCCUGUUCUUUUAUUUCCUUUUUUUGCACGAACCACCACAAAAGUUGAGGCGGGCUACGACUUAUGAUAUUCACGAAGGUUUUCGGCAGGAGUAUUGGAUAUGCGAGGAGUUGGUUUAGAGAUCAAAUCGUUGCAAUACCUCGGCUAUAAUCGACUUCGUUGCGUGAUACGUUGUGAUAUUUAUAUAUAUAUCUAAUCAGUUUUAGUUAAUGCUCCAUUGGAGGGAACAAGUAGUGACAGAACCAAAAGAAUGUCAAUAUAUCAAUUCUGACCGGGUGCAGUACAUACG